GGCCCGCUCAGGGACUGAGCCUCCCCGGUCUCGGCUCGUCUCCGUACACUCUGGUGAAGCAGUCGCUGACGUGGAUGGAAGCGCUUGCCUAUUGCAGGACGCAGUACACGGACCUGGCCAGCAUCGAGUCCGAUUCGGAGCUGAUCGCGGUAACGGCUGCGGCGCCCCUGACUGAGGUGUGGAUCGGGCUGCACCUCUGCUCCCCGGGGGUGUGGCGCUGGACUUCCGGGAACACCCUGGGAACCUAUGCCAAGUGGAAUUCCGGGAUGCCCAAUCAGACGUCCUAUGCGUGUGCCCGGUACAGCUUCACCAAGUGGAACGACGGGAGCUGCGGCCUCCACUACUACUUCGUAUGCCACAAAG